UUAACAAGAUUUCGUUUCAGGAAUUUGGCUGUAAAUCACUUGGGGGAAGCUUCAGACAAUAUAAAGUACAGUGAUUCAGCUUAGGUUACACUAGCAGUGUGAAGUUUAGGAGACCCCUCCUGCCUUUCCUUCCUUCCCUCCCAGGCCCAGCUGUUUUCACAUUUCUUUAUUUAAAUCUUCAUGAUACCUUGCCCCUUGUGCAACUGCCUGCUCUCUUUCUCUCUCUCUUUCUUCUCUAAAGGAAAAAAAGAGAUUUACAAAGCUAAAAGAGAAGUGUUUUAAUGCCCAACAACUGCCUUUAACUCUUCUCUUUCUUAUAUCUUGUAGCAGAGGUUUCCUUUUGCUUGUUCACAACUAAGAAGCAAAAGUUCCAGCUUCUCUCUCUCUCUCUGUUGCUGUCUUUCUCAGUUCAGUUUCUUAGAUCUUUUCAAUCUUCAACCUUCUUCUGUUGCUUUAAGGAUGCAUAAACAAGAAGUCAUGAAUAUGCAGACAUGGGUUCUCAAAGUGAAUAUACAGUGUAGUUGUGAUGGCUGUAAGCAGAAAAUAAAGAAACUAUUGCAGAAAAUUGAUGGGGUGUAUUCUACUAGUAUAAAUGCAGAGCAAGGUAAGGUAACAGUGUCAGGAAAUGUUGAUCCUGCUAUACUUAUCAGGAAGCUUGAGAAGUCAGGGAAACAUGCACAGCUAUGGGGGGCUCAAAAGGGUUCAAACAAUUUCCCAAACCAACUCACCAACCAGUUCAAGAACUUGCUUAUGGAUGGUGGCAAAGGUGGGAAGGACAACAAAUCUCAAAAGGGUGGUGGGAAUAACCAGCCAAAAGGUGGGCAGCAGCAUAUGCAACAAAUGAAAGGGUCUAAAGGCCAGAAAUCUGUUAAGUUCCACUUGCCUGAGGAUGAUUUAGAUGACUCUGAUGAUGAUUAUGAUGAGUUCGAUGAUGAGUUCGGUGAUGAAUUUGAUGAUGAGUUUGAUGAUGAUGAGGAGGAACUCGGCCAUGGCCAUGGCCAUCAUAUGCAGAACAAGAUGGUACCUAUGAUGGGAAAAGGCCAUGGGCCAUAUGGACCCAAUGGCAUGAUUAAUGGUCCUGGUAAAAAGGGCGGUGGGGGUGGGGAUAAUGGCAAGAAAGGAGGAGUCAUUGAUCUACCUAUAGGAAUUAAAGGCAUGGGGGAAAACAAAGAUGGGAAGCAUGGUAAUGGAGGAAAGAAAGGAGGUGGAAACAACAAAGGAGGGAAGCAGGGCAAAGGGGGAGGAGAUAAAAAUGGUGGUAAAAAGGGAGGUGGGGGUUUACUAGGAUUUUUCAAGAAGGAUAAAAGUGGAAAAGAUUGUAGUCAUAAGAAGGGUAAAAAUGAAUGGGAUGGUAAAAAUAAAGGUGCCCAUAAUGGCAAUGGAGGUCAUGGUGGUGGAAACAAUAAUGGCAAUGGAGCUAAAAAGGGUGGGGGCAAAAAUGGUGGUGGGGGCCAUGAGAUGAACAAAAUUAAAAAUGGUGGGUUUCAUGACAUUGACGUUAUCAAUCAUGGCAAAGGAGGUGGUGGUGGUGGUGGUGGAGGUGGCGGCGGCGGCGGUAAGAAUAUGGGGCAGAUGGGCCAAAUGGGUGGUCAGAUGGGUCAGAUGGGUUACAAUAAUAUGGGUCAGAUGGGUUAUAAUAUGAGUCAAAUGGGUCACAUGGGCCAAAUAGGUAACUAUCCAAUGAGCCAGAUGGGUAAUUUUCCUGCAGUGCAAGGACUACCCGCAGCUGCAGCAAUGAAUGCUGGCGGGUACUAUCAAGGGAUGGGGCCAGGAAAUCCUUACAAUCAACAAUACGUGGCCAUGAUGAUGAACCAACAGCGUGCAAAUGGGAAUGGGAUGUAUGCACCCAUGAUGUAUGCACAACAGUAUCCCUAUGCAAACUAUGGGCCGCCUCCAAUGCACGCUGCAAAUUCUGAAUCUUAUGCUCAUUUCUUUAGUGAUGAGAACACAAACAGCUGCAGUAUCAUGUAAAAUUUUCCUCCUAGAUUAGUAAUGUUUUUCCAUUUUCUCCUUGGUUAUUGCUUCUCUAGGUUGCUUUAUACAAGCUUGCAAGGUUCAGGAAUGUCUUGCCAUAUGUUUCUUGCCAAGAGGAAAUUUUGCUUCCUGUAUAAUCAAAUCCCUCCAAACUCUUUCUUCUGUCUU